GGGCCGGAGGCUUGGUUUGCAUUGUCCUGCCCGUCGCCUCGUAUAAACCGACCUUCAACACACAAACACAUAUUACAAGAGAAAAAUCACAUUGUUGUCAAUUGAUAGAUAAAAAGAAGGUCGACUUUCUCUCAGUUGUGUGACAAACUGAAUUAAUUCUAAGAAUGGACGCAUUUGCACGGUUCUUCGACUCGCAAUCGGCGUCUGGGAACCGUUGGAGUUACAAUUCUUCAGUCGCUCAAACUCAUUACAAACAGGUCUCGCUCUCACUGUGCUUUGCUUUAACGGCAGCAGCUGCUGUUGGGGCUUACCUUCAUAUCCUUUGGAAUAUCUGGGGAUUUCUGACUACCUUAGCAUCCGUGUGUAGCAUCUUUUGGCUAUUCUCUGUGCCUCUUUAUGAAGAGAAACUGAUACUUGCUAUUGCGGAUUGGGAGCGAUGUUGAUGUAAAAUAAGAGACCAAUAGCCUAUCUAAGCAAAGUGAUAAACAGAAGGAACUUGGGUUUAUCAAUCUAUGAGAGAGCUCCUAGCUCUAGUAACAACAGUUGGAAAAUGGAGGUACUACUUAGAUGGCCAAAAUUUUAUCAUCAAAACAGAUCAUCAGUCACUGAAAUAUCUACUUGAGCGAAGGAUUACUACUCCUUUGCAACAGAAGUGGCUGUCCGAACUUAUGGGGCUCAGCUUUGAGAUAAGAUAUAAGAAAGGAUUGAAUAAUAAAGAAGUAGAUGCUCCAUGUAAGGGAGAGGAGAAGGGAGUUGAGUGCUUAGCAAUAGAUGAAGUUACUCCACUGUGCAUUGGAGAAGUAACAGUCAGUUACCAAGCGGAUAAAUAAGCUAAAGGCAAGAUUGCUGCUUUGUUACUCAACAACACUGUUGAGCAGGAUUAUCAAUUCUUGAAUGGAUUGCUCAAAUACAAAUCUAGAAUUUAUAUUAGUUCAUAUGGUGAAGUGAGGAGGAAACUGAUAGCAGCCAUCCAUUCAUCACAAGAGGAGGGCAUUCAGGGGGUACAAGCUAGUAUUCACAUGGCUAAGCAAUAUUUUUUUGAGGCCAGGAAUGAGCAAAGAAAUUAAGCAGGAAGUUCUAGAGUUUGACACGUCAAAGAUGUAAAGGGGAUCGUGUGGCCUACCCAGGUUUAUUACAACCUUUGCCAGAACCACACUAUACCUAGAGCCACAUCUCUAUAGAUUUCAUCGAGGGACUUCCCACUUCUGGAGCCAAGAAUGUCAUUGACUCAUUGUAAUGGUAGUAGACAGAUUUACUAAGUUUGCACAUUUUAUUACAAUGAUACCCUCCUCCUCAGCUCUUACUAUUGCCAAGUUAUUCCUAUAUAACAUACAUAAGCUGCAUGGAAUGCCUCAGGGCAUUGUUACAGAUAGGGACAAUAUUCACAAAUGAGUUUUGACAAAGCUUAUUCAAACAUCUAGGGGUCAAAUUGCAGAUAAGUACUGCUUAUCACCCACAAAUAGAUGGGUAAAACAGAACAGUGCUUGGAUAUGUAUCUCAGUUUUAUGGUUUAUAAACAGCAUAAACAAUGGAGCAAGUGGAUUAGUUUGGUUGAGUGGUGGUAGAAUACCACUCUGUAUACAUCCAUCAAAAUGACUCCAUUUGAAGCAUUAUAUGGUAACAAACCACCACAGUUAGCUCUGUGUCCAUACCAACAGACUAACAUUGCUGCAGUGGAAGAGUUAUUACAGGAAAGGCGUAGAAUAGACCAGUUAGUCACAGAAAAUCUGGCUCAAGCUGGAGUCUGGACGAAGCAAUAUGCAGAUAGACAUGGGAGUGAGAGAGUAUUGGGGAUUGGGUUUACUUCAAGCUUCACCUUUAUGCUUAACAAACUGUAGUUAAAGGAUCAACAAGAAGUUAUCUGCGAAGUGUAAUGGUCCAUACCAUGUGAUAAAAAAAUUUUGGAUGGUGGCCUAUAAACUGGAUUUACCAGCCACAGCUUAAAUUCAUCCUAUCUUCCAUGUUUCUUUAUUGAAGAAAAAAAUUAGAGAGAAAGAAGUGCCAAUUUUUGAACUCCCAGAUCAGAACAAGCACCAGCAGUUUCAUGGACAACCUCUGCAGAUACUAUCUACGAGACUGAUUAACAAGAAUGGCCUAGCUGUCGCCCAAUAGCUAGUUCAAUGGGAAGGAACUACACCAGCUGAUGCUACCUGGGAGGAAUCAGCUUACGUUCAAUCCAAAUUUCUGGCAUUUCAACCUUGGGGACAAGGGUAUGCUAAGGGGGAGGGAUGUUAUGAAGAGAAGGUUGGAACUCAGCUGGACUGGGGAGGAAAACGGAAGAGGAACAGCAGAGGCAACCGUUUUUAACUGAAGCUUGAAUUAGAAGAAUAUGACGUUGUUUGGCUUUAAGUGAUGCGGCAAUAUUUAAUUAAAAUUAUUGAUUGUAAAAUGGGAAACUCACUUUUCAUUUCUUCCCUUACUUUUCAUUUCUGUUUUAACCAUCUUAAUAACAUCAGAUAGUGGGUGUGCAAAGUGUAUGCGCGAUUUUCCUUCUUCAGAUUCUAUUUCUUUCCCUCUUCUCAUUCCAUUUCUUCAUAUCUUCUUUUAUGAUUAAUUGCUGUAAGUGAACCAUUAUUGCAAUUAAUUUACUAGGUUACUGAAUUUCCUUUUGA